GAGCUCAUCGCAGCAGCAUCUCCCGGUUCCUCAAAAUAUCUCUCAUCCGCACUCUGGUGAUUUUGGAUGUUGUCUGAGCUUCUAUAACGGAUGACAGUUAUUCUUUAAAUUCAUUAAUGCCUCAGAAGUGACCGGACUUCUGUAGCUCAGCAAUAUAAGGUGUCGUUAAAGGCGAGAAGAUGUCGGCCAGCGCGGUUUAUGUGUUGGAUCUCAAGGGGAAGGUCCUGAUCUGUCGUAAUUAUCGCGGUGAUGUGGACAUGUCAGAGAUUGAGCAUUUUAUGAGCCUGCUGAUGGAUAAAGAGGAAGAGGGCACGCUGUCACCCAUCCUGGCUCAUGGAGGAGUGCGUUUCAUGUGGAUUAAACACAACAACUUGUAUCUUGUUGCAACAUCCAAAAAGAAUGCUUGUGUUUCCUUGGUUUUUUCAUUCCUCUACAAAAUUGUGCAGGUGUUCUCAGAAUACUUUAAGGAAUUGGAGGAGGAGAGUAUCAGAGAUAACUUUGUCAUUAUCUACGAGCUGCUGGAUGAACUCAUGGACUUCGGUUACCCUCAAACAACUGACAGCAAGAUCCUUCAGGAAUACAUCACGCAGGAAGGUCACAAGCUGGACACCGGAGCUCCGCGGCCCCCCGCGACCGUAACCAAUGCUGUCUCCUGGAGGUCAGAAGGCAUCAAGUACAGGAAAAACGAGGUUUUCCUGGACGUCAUCGAGUCUGUCAACCUCCUGGUGAGCGCGAAUGGUAACGUUCUUCGCAGCGAGAUCGUCGGCUCUAUAAAGAUGAGAGUGUUUCUCUCGGGAAUGCCAGAGCUACGUUUGGGUCUGAAUGACAAGGUUUUGUUCGAGAACACUGGCCGUGGUAAGAGUAAAUCUGUGGAGCUGGAGGACGUGAAGUUUCACCAGUGUGUGCGUCUGUCUCGUUUUGAGAACGAUCGCACUAUCUCCUUCAUCCCUCCAGACGGAGAAUUUGAGCUGAUGUCAUACCGCCUAAACACGCAUGUGAAGCCUCUGAUCUGGAUCGAGUCUGUGAUUGAGAAACAUUCACACAGCAGAAUCGAGUACAUGAUCAAAGCCAAGUCUCAGUUUAAGCGACGUUCCACCGCCAAUAAUGUGGAGAUUCACAUUCCUGUCCCGACUGAUGCCGACUCGCCCAAGUUCAAGACCACCGUGGGAAGUGUGAAGUGGGUGCCGGAGAACAGUGAGAUAGUUUGGUCCAUCAAGUCUUUCCCUGGGGGAAAGGAGUACCUGAUGAGAGCUCAUUUUGGGCUUCCCAGCGUGGAAGCUGAAGACAAGGAAGGCAAACCACCAAUCAGUGUGAAGUUUGAGAUUCCUUAUUUCACCACAUCUGGAAUUCAGGUGCGUUACCUGAAGAUCAUUGAGAAGAGCGGAUAUCAGGCCCUGCCUUGGGUUCGCUACAUCACCCAGAACGGGGACUAUCAGCUGCGGACGCAGUAAAUAAACUGCAUUACUGCUGAGCAUCACGGGUCUCUCUUUCUCUUUCUCUCACUCUCUCUGCUGUGCCUAGGCUAGACACUCAUCUGCAGUAUUGACAACAUUUUAGUGAUCUGUGAAAUACAGCACGUGAUGAGUUGCACCUUUGCAGUUUUACUUAAUUUGUAUUUUUUCAUAUAUAAAUGAAACGACCAAGAAAAUAGAAGAGCAUCUCUUGAAAAUAUUUCAUCCCAAAAACUGAAAAAAAUCUGAAAGUAUGUCUUGUAUUAAGAAAAUGAAAUCUCAGCGGUGAAACAAGAUUUUCAUUGCUAUAUCUCACUGAAUCAUUAAUGAAAUAAAUUAGCUAGAGAAUAAACAAUAUCACAAGGAAACAAUAACCAAUCUUACACUGGGUUCACACCAAACGCAAGUCAAUGCAAAGACUCGUAUAGACACAACUUGCAGCAGGCGAUUUUAAAUAUUUGUCAGAUCGCGUCACUCAAGCAAAAAUAAGUAACUUUUUUUAAAGAGCGUGGAACCCGAUUGUUCGCAUUUGGUGUGAACCCAGCAUUAGUUUUCUUUAUGUGAAACAGUAUUAUUGGUAUUUUUUUAUUAUUGUAUGCGUUUUGAUGUGGAUUUAUUUAAAUUCUGAGUUUCAUCACACAUUUCUGGAUUUGUUUCUAAUACUGCGGAUGGGUGUGUUCUACUGUGGCCUGAUGGGACGCAGAAUGGUGUUGUCAUGGACCAGUCAUGUGUGUCUAUGUGUGUUUGACAGUAUACAGAUAUUACAUGUCACGUGAACAAAACCGUUGUCACUCAGCAUCAACGGAAAUGUGUUCGAUCUCCUGCAUGUCACAUUUCAGAUCAACAUGUUUCCAUACUGUAAAUGCUUCUUCUUUUAGAACACAGAAAUUUUUGUUUGUUUGUUUAUCUAGCAGUAUAGACAACAGUCAUGAGGUCAAAUGUAUUAAAGUCAAUGCGUCAAUACACAGGUUUUGCAUUUGUUUUGGUAGCACUUUAUGGCUCGACAUCAUUUUAGUCAGUUUUCAUGACAGGCCGUGAUUCCUGCACAUUAAGGGUCUUUUGGUUGCGAGUUUUCUUUGGAUUUAUUUGAUGUUUGUGUGUUUGUAACUCACUAUUAUUUGUUACAGUCGCAGUACCUCGUGUAAGUUUACUACACUGCAGAAAUGCAGGACAUGAUCUCUACACAACUAUUCCAAACUCAAAUCACAAGUCAACCAUGGUGCCAUUUACAACACAAGACAGCUAGAUGUAUUAUAAUAUAUUGUGUUGAUUUGCCUUUAAAAUAUGGAAUGUGAGGGUUACCAUUUAUACCAUGGAGCUGAAAUGUGACAUCAAACCAUUUCACUCAAAAUCUUCCUCUAUCUCCUGGGAGUCAUAAUUCAUCUCUCUGUACUUCAAACAUCAUAAAGCAUCUGUUUACAAAAUAA